CAGCCUGGCGGGGCGUCUGGGUGCAUCCGAGGAGAGCUGAAGGCGGCGUCGGCGGCGCUGGCUGCGUCACAGCCUGGCGGCGCGUUGGAGUCCCCGUUCUGUGGGUGAACGGGGCUGACGGCUGCAGGGCCUCGCCCCCGCUGGCCUCUGCUGCCUGGGCCGCGCGGUGCUGAAUCACCCUGCGGCCGAGCCGCACGGACACCGCUCUCUCAGAUAAGGGGGCGCUUUAAGGGUUGUGCGUUGACUCUGGGAGACUGCAGGCUUGCUGCCGAGUUCCAAACCGAAUUUCGUCUAGAGAGCUUGGGUGAACUUUCUCGGGACCAGGCGCUCGAGGGCAUCAACACUUACGGAAGCGUUUAGGGUUGGCAUUUCCAAUCUGCUUGGUAAACCUGGUGCACCACCAUGCUGGCCGCACGACUUGUGUGUCUCCGGACACUACCUUCCAGAGUUUUCCAACCAGCUUUCACCAAGGCCUCCCCUGUUGUGAAGAAUUCCAUCGCGAAGCAUCAAUGGCUCUUAACACCCAGCAGGGAAUAUGCCACCAAGACCAGAGUUGGGAUCCGGCGUGGGAAAACUGGCCAAGAACUUAAGGAGGCAGCACUGGAACCAUCAAUGGAAAAAAUAUUCAAAAUUGAUCAGAUGGGAAGAUGGUUUAUUGCUGGAGGGGCUGCUGUUGGUCUUGGAGCGUUGUGCUACUAUGGCUUGGGAAUGUCUAAUGAGAUUGGAGCUAUUGAAAAGGCUGUAAUUUGGCCUCAGUAUGUGAAAGAUAGAAUUCAUUCUACCUAUAUGUACUUAGCAGGAAGUAUUGGUUUAACAGCUUUAUCCGCCCUGGCACUGAGCAGAACUCCUGUGCUCAUGAACUUCAUGAUGAGAGGCUCUUGGGUGACAAUUGGUGCAACCCUUGCAGCCAUGAUCGGAGCUGGAAUGCUGGUACAAUCAAUACCAUAUGACCAGAGCCCAGGCCCAAAGCAUCUUGCUUGGUUACUACAUUCUGGUGUGAUGGGUGCAGUGGUGGCUCCAUUGACGAUAUUAGGGGGGCCUCUUCUCAUCAGAGCUGCAUGGUACACGGCAGGCAUCGUGGGAGGCCUCUCCACUGUGGCCAUGUGCGCACCUAGUGAGAAGUUUCUGAACAUGGGAGCGCCCCUGGGAGUGGGCCUGGGUGUCGUCUUUGUAUCAUCACUGGGAUCUAUGUUUCUUCCACCCACCACUGUGGCUGGUGCCACUCUGUACUCAGUGGCAAUUUAUGGUGGACUAGUUCUUUUCAGCAUGUUUCUUCUGUAUGAUACACAGAAAGUAAUCAAGCGUGCAGAAAUAGUGCCACCGUAUGGAGUCCAAAAAUAUGAUCCCAUCAAUUCGAUGCUGAGAAUCUACAUGGAUACGUUAAAUAUAUUUAUGCGAGUUGCCAGUAUUCUAGCAACUGGAGGCAACAGGAAGAAGUGAAGUGACUCAGCUUCUGACCUCCCCAGUACCUUGGGUAUCUUGCUGGUUUAAUAGGGGCAGGUGACCACUAAAUAGUUUGUACAAGCAGCUUUCAUUGAUGUGUAGAAGAUAAGACUUGUCAGCAGGUUUCAGAUGUUACAGUGAUGUGAUGUUUCAGGUCUGCUUUUUCUUCUGAAGAAUAAAUUCAGUUGCUCUCUUCCAACUAAGCACACACAUUUCCAAUUCUCAAGUGUGAGUAAUUCUAAAAAGUUUUAAUGAAUGUGAAAACUAAGGUUUGUGUUGUGAGGAUUUAACUGUUCUGUUUUAAAAUUUAUUUAAGUGAAAAUUAGCAAACUUUGUUUUGCUGCAUAUUUUUUGAAAUGCAGAAAUAUUAACAAGUAAUGUCGUAAGUGACAUAGAGGUUUGGUAAAGGGACCAAAGAGAGGCAAAGGAUCACCUUCAGUCUUUCUUUGAAUACUUAGCACUUUUGUCAUUGGUGGUGAGCCAGUGAGUGGGGUCUGGCUCUUUGGAAACAAACAAACCAUUACUGUUUUCACAUUCAUCUGUUGAACUUAUCAAAAGCAUUGAGCAUAAACAAAGAUAUAGGUGAUUCAUUCUCCCAAUGUUCUUUCUUUCUUAGUGAUAUCUUUACAAUGUAGAAGUGGUUGUGUUUGGCUUUUCAUUGUUUGACAUUGUUAGGACAGUCCAGAAUGUUAAUCAUGUGGAGAAUUCCUGAUACGUAGCUAUAUAUGUUUCAGUAUUACCUUUAAACCUUAUAGAGCAAAAUAUCCUUAAAACUCCUCUCAGGAUAAAACAUUCAAAGCAUGAGAACUGUUGGAUUUUAAAAUAUACAAACAUGGCAUUCCUAAUUGCUAAAAAUUUUUUUGCGUAUUUAUUGAAAUGUUUAAGAGAAUACAUGCUUGCCUUUCUUGACCUCUUCAGGCUUUAAAGCUUUUAUCAGAAAAACCUGUUUGUGGCUUGCAUAAGAUUAUGAAAGCAGUUUCCCCCCCAAGACUUGGUUUCUUGCAUUCCUCUCAGACUAAGCACUAAAAAUUCAGGAGGGCAUAUAGCUAGUCUUUCUUCAUCAACUGUAUAAAUCAAAACUAUGAUGGGCAAAGUGCUUCAUUAGAGUUUGCCCCAGCAGAGUUUUCCUUCUCUCCUGCAUGGACGAUAAGUUGACUCUAUUGUGGUAUUUGUAAGUUUUUUGAUACAGAAGAGUUAUUUUUGGAAGUUCAUAAUGAAUGAAAUAAGUGUGUAUGAUUAUUGAAAUGAUUGGUGUUUUUGACAAAUAUUUAUUACAGUAAUCCAGAAGUAACUAUUCUGACCACCUCAAAUUACAUAGAAUGCUUAUUUCUGAAGUAAUAAAGAUUCCAGACAGGU